UGAUUGGACCUUUUGUCAGUACUUACUGCUGUUUUGAUAUGUGCUUUUUGCACUGUUUUGACUGUGAGGAUCGACAUAGAUUGCUUACCUCCAGAGAAUACAAAUGUGGCAGGUAUUUAUAUAAUUGCCAUGUUGAGGGCAUAAUUUUUUUUUAUUCACCGUGUUAACAGAAGGAGUACUGAAGUAUCCAUAGCACUGCAGAAAAAACUGUUUUGACAGAAUAAACCCUCUAAUCUCAAUGUUCUGAGUGAUGAAUGCCUUAUGUAUAGGGUUUUUUUGUUUUAUCCUAAUGCUUAUUUCCAAUUAUAUUUUCCCUCAAUUGUUAGAACUUCCAGUACAGUACAUAGAGAUUUUUUUUUUGCUUCAGAUUCUGCUGUUAGAUCUGGCUGAAAGGCAUUAUCCUGCGAUUUCCAUUGCAGUUGAGGGUGGUACAGAUACUGAGUUUUAGGUAGUUCUGUUAGGGUUUUUUUGCCUAGCAUUCACAGUUAAUUAAAAGUAAUCAGUAAAACCGAAAAAGAACAUCUCAGUUAACUGAAUAUCAUCUCCAUCCUGAUUUCUAAUAUUCCACUUUAGUCUUUGAUCCUCUUCCUUCCCUCUUUGUGUCUUUGCUGAAGUGUUUUCCUUCUCAGUUCCUUAGUGUCAUUAAAACGCACACACACCUUUCCGGGAAACGCCAAGAGGAUCAACAGAGAAAUCUGAAAGGAGAGCUCUACCUAUGAAGAGAUGACGUGUAAUGGCCCAGAUAACUCGGAAGCUUGUGCCACUCCAGACACUGACCGUGACCAGGAAUGGGCACAGGAACACUACCGACUAGGAACUUUUGUUGCGUUUCCACUUGGCUGUCCGGUUUCGGCAUCAGUACUAGCACGAGCUGGCUUUGUUUAUACUGGAGAAGGUGACAAAGUGAAGUGCUUCAGUUGCCAUACAACUACUGAAGGAUGGGCGCCUGGGGAUUCUGCAGUUGAGAGACACAAAAAGCUUUCCCCGAAUUGCAAAUUUAUUACUGAAUCUACUUUUCUGGAAAAUAACAUACAUCCUCUCGCCCAGAACUACCAGCAUGGAACUGAAAACGGUUCCAGCAAUUCAGCCCUCCCGUGUACUCUGGAUCACCUAUCUGAUGCAGAGGCAGAUUACCUUGUGAGAACUAGGCAGGUUGUGGAUAUGUCAGAUAAUUUUUAUCCUAAAAACCCUGCUAUGUGCAGUGAAGAGUCAAGAUUAAAGUCUUUCCACAACUGGCCCCUCAAUGGCCAGUUGACACCAAAGGAAUUAGCUAAUGCUGGAUUCUAUUAUACAGGUAUCGGUGAUCAAGUGGCAUGUUUUUGUUGUGGUGGAAAAUUGAAAAAGUGGGAACCCAGUGACAGAGCUUGGUCAGAACACAAGAGGCAUUUUCCCAAAUGCCUUUUUGUCCUGGGACGGGAUGUUGGAAAUGUCCCAAGUGAAUCUGUUCGUGAUGAGCUUGGGAGAAGUGGUCUGAACAAUGCACAGCAUCCAUGGAAUCCAUCUAUGGCAAAAUAUGGAAGACGUUUACAAACAUUUUUAACUUGGAUAUAUCCUGUUGACAAAGAGCAGCUUGCCAAAGCUGGGUUCUAUAGCAUAGGUAAUGGUGAUCAUGUUGUGUGUUUCCACUGUGGUGGAGGAUUGCAAGAAUGGAAGGAAAAUGAAGACCCAUGGGAUCAACAUGCCAAAUGGUUUCCUGGGUGCAGAUUUGUGAGAAAGGAAAAGGGGCUAGAAUUUAUAAAUAAUGUUCACUUAAGAGAUGGAUAUAGGGAUUCAACAACAGAAGCUGCUGAAGGGACAAUACUUCUUUUAGAUGAUCUCUUACAGAAUCCUUUGGUACAAAGUGCCAUAGACAUGGGUUUCAGUUUGUCUGAGAUUAGGAACACCAUGGAAAAGAAAUUGCAGAUGUCUGGAGAAAGUCACACAUCUGUUGGGGAUCUGGUAGCAGACUUAAGUGCUCAAAAAGAAAAUACAAGGGAAGAAGAACCAAAUGAAAUCCCAGUUGAGCAAGAUGAUCUUAUUCAAUUGCAAAACCUCUAUCUCAGUACUGAAGAGAAGCUAAGACGCUUGCAGGAAGAAAAGCUUUGUAAAAUCUGUAUGGCUAAAGACAUAUCAGUCGUCCUCAUUCCCUGUGGUCACCUAGUUGCCUGUAAGGAAUGUGCUGAACCGCUUAAUGAAUGCCCUCUGUGUCGUACCAAUAUUAUGAAAAGACAGGAAAUUUUUAUGUAUUAGUGAAAUACACAGCACUGUGGAUGCAAACGUUUCCUGCUUUAUUGCUUUAAAUAUGUGUAAUGUAAUGUAAAAAACUGAGUUAAUUCCAGGAUGUAAUCAUAUGGCAGUGUUUAGAUUUUUCUGCUGUCAAACUCUACAUACAUUUUAACAUGCUAAAAAUUAUUUUCCUAAAGUAAAUUUUUUGUAUGUAAAAACCCGUAUUGAAAGGCAAAUAUAUAUAUUCUGUAACUCAAUUCAUACACCUGAUUUGGGAAAGCCUAAGUAAUGCAAAGCUUUAUUUAUGUGAUCAUUCCUUUGCUUCACUUUGGUAGGACUCUGUACGACUGAAGUUUAUGCAAAUACAGUUGUAUAAAGAGUCCGGCCCUAUAUAAAAUUUGUAAAUAAGUAAGAGAAUUUAAAAAAUUACUAUAUACUUGUAUAUUAUAGCUUAGAUUUUAGCUUCUCAAAAACACAAAAAAAUUAUUUAAGAUUGAAAAUGUUAUCUUAUUUCUGUAACUUUGGUUGUGACCUAAUUCAGAGAAAAUGCGUAAACCUGCUGCUGAAAGAUUUCACCUUAUGUUUGCUGCUGCUACUUUGUAAGUUUGUCUGUUUUGAUAUACAAUUCCUGUCUCCCCGUUUAUUUUUUUUCUGGUUUAGAUGUAUAAAUUGGCUUCAGUAAACUGGUUUUAGCCAUCCGUUUUUCACAAAAAUCCCUCUGUAUAUAAAAUGUAUAUUAAUUUCAUUCCUUAAAAGAGAACUCAACAGAAAUGAAGGAGAUUUUACGUACCUUGUGCCUGUCAUGAAAGGAGCGGUCUCAUUUUAAAAUUGCCCCCCUACACAAAAAGUUGUUCAUUGUUUGAUUGGGUUUUCUUUAACAUUUAGCAUGAUCCUAACUCAUUUAUCUGCUAAUACUUUGCAGUGCUUCUGUUUGUUUGUCUAUUUUUUCAUAAGAGAAGAUUAAACUCCAUCGCCAUGAAAAUGCUUUCUUUUUUUUAUAAUUCACCACUAAUGUUAGAAAUCUUUCAAUUUUAUUCGUGUCAGUUUGCAGCAUUUAAAUUAAAAAGUUAAGAACUAUUCUAGUGAGAGGCACCUUAAAAUACUUAAUAAACUAUUUCUUACUGGACUGAUCCUCAGUUCUCCAGUUAAAAAAGUAUCAUAGCUUUGUAUUUAAGUACAGCUGGUUUACAAUCACCCUACUUAAUUAUGUGACUUCCUUAUUUUGUGGAGCUACUAAUAUGUUCCGUGUAUAUAUUUUUAUCUUUGAGUCCUACACACUAAUAUAUUUAGAAUAUACAGAAUAUAGUUUUUCACGUGAUAAAAGUUUUAAAUCCAAUACACAAAAUUUUAAUGUCUAUUCUUCUAUUUUUUUAAAUAUGUGCUGUGAUUAUAUGCUGGUGUAAUGUUAUAAAUAUUUAAAAUGAAGUGCAACCCAAUUGUUCCUUGAUCAGCAUAUUUGAUUCUCAUAUGCGGGAAAAAAAAAAUUCGUAACAGAAGGUUGCUUUCUGUUGCCUUUUUUUUUGUUUUGUAACUCAACUGUUACUAAUUUAACCUGAGUGUUACUAAGGAUUACAAAUAUAUUUUAAUUGGAGAGGAAAUAAAAUCUAUUGUUUGUACAAAUUAAAGUUUGUUAAUUAUAAAAUUAAAAUACGAUAAUUUUGCUUUUUUUUAUAAUAAAUUAGAAUUUGGUUAUUAGGAAUAUAUGAUGACUAGAAAUUCAUAAAGAAUUCAGCACGAAAAGGUUUUAUUUUGUCUUUUUGUGCCUUUGUGAAGAGUUUAGUGUUUCAGAUAAUUCAUGCAUUCGGGGAUUUUUCAGGACAGAGACGGACUGGCAAUUCUGACAGGCUUGUUUCUAGCUCCCAUUUUCAGUUACAGGGAGGGUUUUCUGUACUUUUCAAGGGAAAUUAAAGGGGGGGUUGCUUAUGAGCUGGUGUAUCUUGCCUGAAAUAGCUUGUUAGUGUUGUGAACCAUGUUAGGCUGACUUGCUUAAGCAGAUGGUUUGUUACCUAACCGUGACCUAAGUCAUGUGAGAGAGACUAUCUGGAUGAGCUGGAUCCAACUUACGGGCUGCAGAACUUGGCAUGUGGCUCGACAAAGCCCUGUCUGGGAAAGAGAUUGACCAAAUUUUACUUAGAACUGUUUGUGGCAAAACUAAAUCCUAGCAAAGAGGUGAUUUGGGAUGUAAGUGUUGCAUGUAAACUGUCUGAGAAAAGCCUCGAAGUGGGUCACAAAUAGUACCUUCCAAACUGAAAUGGAGAGCAAACGCAUUGUCCAAAUAAUACGCAAGCAAAUAGCAUAAAUGCUUCAUGUUAAAGCUUGUUAACUUUUAAAAGGUAUUCUGUAUCCCUUAUUGUAACUUUUUGAUAAAUUUUAUAAAAGAUAUAGCUAUAAUAGCAAUUCAGAUUUUAAUCAGGAACAUUAAAGGGUUAAAAGCCUGUUAGGGAGAUGACAAAAUAACUGCUCUGUAGGUCUAGGUUUUUUAAAAAACUAUAAUCAGUUCUAUUCAGACUAAAUGUGAAAAAAUAAUUAGCAUAGUCAUCAAAUUUUGACAGCUUGAAUUAGGAAGAUGUUUUUUCAAAUCACUUUGAUUUUUAGUAUCUUAAAGAAACAGAGAAGAAAUUCCACGGACACUGGUACUGGGCUGAGUGUUUAAAGAGAUAGAAAUGCAGGAUGCAAAUAAAGGGAGUGGAAGCACAGGUGCUUUGAAAAGGAGGUUAGUAGCAGGACAAAGAUGCCUUGGGAGUUGGUUGUUAUAAAAGAGUUACCUGGAAUGAAGAGCUAUGGAAUACAUUCAAGCAUCAGUAUUCAGUAACUUUCUUCUAGUAGCUUCUAUGUAACAUCUUUCUUACUUCCAUUUUACUUGCAACAGCAGAACUAUUUGCUGGUCUAGAUAUGUGGGAGAUUUACAAGGGGUUUUAAUAAUGCGUUCUGGAACUGUUUUGCUUAGAAAAUACGGAAAUUGCAUGCCUAAUUUAGGAACAGAAGGCUAAAAUAAGGAAAACCCAUAGAUGCCACUUUUUUGUUAUGCAUUUAGCUUUUUUUCACAGCCUUGAAACAUGAGGCUUGAAACAGUAAUGACUUACUCUGCUGGUUGCUGCAGCUUGAAUCUCUACAGAUACUUAGCUGUCUGUACUUUUUUAAAUUUGUUUUGGGGAAAGAUCCAAAGCUCAUAGCACAAUAAAAAGAUUUUCAAUU